AAAUAUUUGUGUUGAAAAGUAACCUGUUUUUGAAAACUAUACUUUCCUUUUAAAUUUCUUUGGUAAUUGUAGCAAUAUGCUAGCGAAAUAUAAAAUAUUUGUUGUUUUAUUUUUAUUGAAUUAUUUGAGUGCAAAUUUUGGGUAUAAAAUACAAAUAUAUGGCCCUGGUUUACAACCUAAAAAUAUAGUUAUGCCGGCAAGAUAUUUCGUGGUUAACUUUACAUCUAUUGAAGACUCAUAUUCAAGAGAUUUAACGGCUAACUUUGCUGUGGAAAUAAGUGGAAAGUCUCUGAAAAAUAACCAUUGCCGUGUUUGGGCAAAUACGUUGGAUCGAAAAGAUGGAACUUUUAUAGUACGGUAUAAAGUAUAUGAGACUUGUACUGAAUUAUCAAUUAGCAUUUAUUAUAAAAACAAGCACAUUCAUGAAUCUCCUUUUAAAUUUGAAGGUCCAAUACAACCAGACCAAUGUGUCUGUCCUGAAGGCGAUGUGAACCAAUGGCUAAAACAAUAUCAAUGUCCUUCAUCCUAUGAUCAAAUUGAACAAGAUCUAAGACCAUUUGAAAAAGUAAUAAUGAAGAAUGAAGUGCACAAAAUUAUCGAAAAUUACCAUAAACCUGAAAGUACAAGUUUUUGUCAUUAUGUUUUAAAAAAUAAUGAAAUAUAUAGAGAUUGUUAUGGAAAACAUGUUGGAUUUAACAUGUUCGCUGAUAACAUUUUGCUUUCAUUAACAAGAAAAGUUGUGUUACCUGAUAUGGAAUUAGUAAUAAAUCUCGGUGACUGGCCACUAGUGCACAAGGGCAGUGAACCACUUCCUAUAUUUUCAUGGUGUGGUAGCAAUGAAACAUUGGACAUUGUGAUGCCUACUUAUGAUAUUACUGAAUCAGCUUUAGAGAACAUGGGCAGGGUCACAUUAGAUACUUUAUCAGUUCAAGGUAAUGUGGAACAUAAGUGGGCGGACCGAGAAAGUCGAGCAUUUUGGCGAGGGCGGGACUCCCGCGCUGAGAGAUUAAAACUCAUUGAUAUCGCGCGGGCUCAUCCAGAUUUAUUAAAUGCGUCCCUAACUAAUUUCUUCUUUUUCCGCGAAAAAGAAGCAGAAUAUGGACCGAAGCAACCCCAUAUAUCUUUUUUUAAAUUUUUUGAUUACAAAUACCAAAUAAAUGUUGAUGGGACAGUUGCCGCUUACAGAUUACCAUACCUUUUAUCUGGAGGUGCCCUAGUACUGAAGCAAGAUUCACCAUACUAUGAACACUUUUACAGCAAAUUAAAACCUUUCGAGCAUUUUGUUCCAAUAGCAAGAGAUCUUUCUGAUUUACCAAAUAAAAUUAAUUGGGCUAGAGAAAAUGAUGAAAAGGCACAUAAAAUUGCUAAAAAUGCCCAAAAUUUUGCAAAUAACCAUUUACUGCCACAGCAUAUAAUAUGCUAUCAUGUUGUUCUCUUCUUAGAAUGGAGUAAAAGAAUUGAAGGUGAAGUAAAAGUGGGAAAAGAUAUGAUACAUAUACCGCAAACGAAAUUUGAAUGCCAAUGUGAUGCCAGUGUGAAAGUCAACCAUGAAGAAUUGUGAUAAUUAUUAUCACUAAAAAAUAGUAUGUGAACAUUGAAAUCUCCAUUAAUUUGAUACUCAUCAAUUAAUUUUUCAAAAUAUUAUCAUAUUUGUUAAUUUUUGUUAAAAUAUGACUAAAGUUCACAUAUAAUUAAAUGUUGCAUUUAUCUAUUACCAUUUAAAUAAUUAAUAACUUACCAAAUAUUAUUGCAUUAUAUUAUGU